GCCAGAAGGCGCCUCGGAGGUCGGGUGCACCUCGACCACGCUAUACUCGUGACUUACUUUAUCGAUGGAGAAACUGUGCUUCCUAGAAAUCCAAAGCAGCCGACCAUGACGCACCAACCAAAUCCAAUCCACCGACAACAACUACUAGACUACUCUAGCUAGUACAACCGCAGAGACGCAGAGCUGUGCUUGUUUGUUGUUCUAUUGUUACUUCCUGUUGAGUUAACAACACUGCCAUCAAGAUGAGUGGCAUGGGUGUUCGAAUGGUGACAGCUGUCGCGAGUGCGAUUCGCGGAGUUGGCAAGAGUUUGGACAAGGCGGGAGCCAACAUGGAAGUGGCCAAGUACUCGGAAAAGCUGGUUCCCUCAACGCGGUUUGUGGCGGUCGAUGGGGUGGCUCCUCGCGUUGCUGAGUAUGGUACCUUUGUGGCUCCAUCUGCCUCGGUGAUUGGAGAUGUCACGAUUGGUCGCAACUCGUCCAUUUGGUAUGGCAGCACCGUGCGUGGUGAUGUCAAUACCGUUUCCAUUGGAGAACGUACGGCCAUCAUGGACCGUGCCGUCAUUCAUGUGGCCAAAAUUCAAGGAGACAGUCCCACGAACAUUGGAAACAAUGUGACAGUAGGUGCCGGUGCUCUCAUUCAUGCGGCCACGGUGAAGGAUUUGUGUGUUAUUGGAGAAUCUGCUCAAGUAUUGGAUGGUGCGUUAGUGGAAUCCAAUUCGAUUGUCGAUGUUGGUGCCGUUGUCACACCCGGAACGGUGGUUCCAGGAGGAGAAUUGUGGGCUGGUGCUCCUGCCAAGAAGGUUCGAGAAUUGACAGCAGAAGAAAUUGCCAGUAUUCCUCAAAAGGCCAGGGAUGCCCUCGAGUUGGCAUCGAUGCAUGCCGUUGAGAAUUCCAAGGAUUAUGCUCAAGUCCAAGAGGAAGAAGAUUGGAUCGACUUCUUAGAGGAUACCCAAGAAGAUGAUCCUCAUCGAACACCACCACCUGGCGAUAUCGAUGAUAUUCAAGGAAUGGGUCAUCCGGGACGCAUCUUUAAUUCUACGUUGACUCAUCCAGAAGAAGGAAUCAAAAAGUAAAAAAGGCAAGUGGAUGGAACGGAUCAUUGUUACGGGUUGCUUCCUGUCGAUCUGUGAUACUAGUAUAAUUAAAUUUUAGCUAGUGAAUGGUGUAAAGUGCGUGUUG